AUUUAAUUGGGAGAUUUCUGCCAAAAGAAAAAAGCAGAGGUAAACACACAAGACAAUAGUAUUUUUGAGGGAUUUUUGUAGAUUACCCGAACAUAAACCCCGUAUCGUUUCAGCUUUUUCAUUUGAGAAUUCAGAAGAAUCAUAUCAAAAAAAAAAAAAUGUACGUGAUGCGACGGGUUACAUCAAAUUUUCUAAGAAGGAUUCGAAUUCCUUCUCAUCAAUUUAUAAAUUCUCAUGGAAUUACAACCAAUUAUUCUGUCAAUUCACUCUCAAGUAAAUCAAGAUUUUCCUAUAGUAAACACGGUUAUGCAGAAUUUAAAGAUUCGCAUCCUUGGACUAUUUUAGCUGGACCAGCUGCAAUUAUUCUGGGGAUCAAUGUCAAUCCUGUAUUAGCAUUAGCAGAUACACCGAAUGAAAGUGGUUCUGGAACCGAAUCAAAAGAGGAUAAUUUAAUUGGAUUACGCAAAGUUGAGGAUGGUUCUGUGAUAUCCAAUGAGCACACUUCUAAAUGGAGAAUAUUUACCGACAAUGGGAGGGAAUACUUCCUUCAGGGAAAGGUGGAUGAAGCUGAGAAAUUCUUUUGUUCUGCUCUGGAAGAAGCUAAAAAAGGUUUUGGAAAUCAAGAUCCUCACGUUGCAUCUGCUUGCAACAAUUUGAUUCUGCUAUUCUUUCAGGCAGAGUUGUACAGAGUCAAGAAGGCAUUUGAUAAAGCAGAACCUUUGUAUUUGGAGGCUGUCAAAAUAUUGGAGGCAUCAUAUGGUCCUGAUGAUAUACGUGUGGGGGCUGCCUUUCACAACCUUGGACAGUUUAAUUUUGUGCAACGCAAACUAGAAGAAGCUCGUCAAUGCUACGAGCGCGCUUUAAAGAUAAAGAGGCGUGUUUUAGGACAUGGGCAUACUGAUUAUGCAGAUACAAUGUUUCAUCUUGGAACAGUGCUGUAUCUGCAAGGAAAAGAAAAGGACGCUGAAGAUCUUAUUCAAGAUUCUAUUCAAAUAUUAGAGGGAGCUGGCCAAGGGGAGUCAAAUUUGUGCAUAAGGAGAUUGCGAUAUCUCUCACAGAUGUAUAUGAAAUCCAAUCGUCUUGCUGAAGCUGAGAACGUGCAGAGAAAGAUCCUGCAUAUUAUGGAACUGUCAAAGGGAUGGGAUUCUAUGGACACUGUAAUAGCAGCUGAAAGACUGGCCUUGACUUUACAAGGAGCUGGUAGCUUAAAAGAAGCAAGAGAGCUUCUAGAAAGGUGUUUGGAGACUCGGAAAUCUAAACUUCCUGAAGAUCAUAUCCAGAUUGGUGCUAACAUGCUUCACAUUGCCAGGGUGGCAAUGCUGAACACAAGUCGAGUUAGAGGGGUUUCCAUUUCUGAAACGGUUGCUGAGCUUGAUAAGGCCAAAGAUCUUUUGCACAAUUCAACAAGCUUGUUUUACCUGUGGAACGCCUAUCAAGAUGGCGAAACUGGUGACUGUUUUGAUUAUUCUCCAAUCAACUAUGAUUUAAAAGUCACUAGAUUAUGGGCUAUAAAUUGCUGAAGAGGUUUACUUUGGAAAGAUAUCAGAUGCAGUCUUGAAUAUCUUGUUAAUUAGUAUGGUGUUUGUGUUGUCUAGUUUUAAAGGGCAGUGGGAUUCCAAAGGGAUUCUAUUGCUUUCAUGACUGAUUAGAUUUUGGGACUUCUACUAGCACUGCUGUCCUAUCAUAGCAUUUCUUAAUUUGGCUCUCAUGAUUUGAUUGUAGCUGUGUCUUGGAUUGCCUUUCCUGGCACCAUUCUUGUAUGCCAUUACUGUGCUAAAAUCGCAUACACCCUUGGCUAUGCCAUUAAAAUUUUGUUUGAAACUACAACAAUAUUUCCAUCAAAAUCGAUGACACAUCCAUUAGGAACCCCUUAGUGGAGUUGAUGAAUUAAUGGUUUUUAGGAGGUGAGAAUAGUUUCAAGAAAUCAGGAUAUCCUGGCUUAAAGCAUAGUGCCUUUUUGGGAGAGGUUUGUUGAACUCUGGAGUAAGUUUCAAUAGCACAAUCUGAAGAUCUGUCUUUGAUAUCAAUAGUUUCUUCUUCUCUCAUUUCUUUUUCUAUUUCAAUUUGAGGAUCCUAGAGUUUUAGUGUCCACUUUACCUUAAGUUUUUGAUUCUUGUGAACAUUACUUUUCAUUCUUUUAUCUCAUAUUUGUAAAUUGGAAAAGGGAUGUACCAUUAGUUACUAUACACCGGUUUUUCCAAUGUAUAUCAUUAGUCAAAUUUGUUUUAGUGAUUUGAUCCUAUCAAAGUUGAUGUUCACACCAUUUUCAUGAAUCAAAAUAAUAAACUCAAGAUAGGAGUAUAUACAGUUUUC